UUAAUUGCUGCACUCGUCAUUUGAUACGAGUACUUCUGGGAUCUCCAGCAUCCAAGGCAGGUAAAUUCUGACAGGUUAAAUCAUAUGAGAUUAUUUUCACACUGUGUAAAAAUUUUGUGCCACUUUGGACCCCUGAAGGGGUUUCCUACUCAUAUGAUCAUUUCCCUUUCACAACAGGAGCAUCUUAGAGUAAGGUGUUGACCUAAGGACACGGAUAAAUUCAAGCUGGACAGCCAGAAUGGUUCAUUCCCACAGCUUACUUUCCCUUUGCUACAAAUUUCCACCUUUAUAGGAGAACAUUUGAAUUACGUGUGAAAAAGAUUUUGAAUCACUUGAAUCACAAGUUUCCUGGUAGCAUCUACCAAGUAAAAUACAUGCUGACUACCUAUAUUUGGGGAGGCAUAAAUUGGCAGUUGUGGAGUGCUUCAUGCCUGUUUCAACUGUUCCUCCUAUGGGAGAGCAACCUCUGGAACAGGGAUGGUGCACAAUGCUUGAUAUGGUCACAGCUUUGGUUCUCUGACUCGAAUUUGCUUUCAAGAAUAUCAUAUCAUACAGUGUAUACAGCUUGAUUUAAAGUUUUGGUGAGCAUUAUUCCUUAAACAGAUCCAGGUCUUUUUCACAACCUGAUGAAACUGCAUUGCAGCCUCUUUCUAAUUCACUUCUUUGCCUCACCCGCCAAAGGCUACAUGAGAAUAUUCACUUGAAUUUGCCUCUAAAAAAAGAAAUGAACGCUAAUUAUUUCUCAUAUAUUUAACUAAUGUUCUUUAUUAUCACUUCUGUCAUUCCCAAACACCAUCCACCUUCCUUGUUGCUUGGAGUCCUAAUUUUGUCCUUAAGAAUGCGAGAUAUGUAUGGAGGAGGGAAGCCACUUCACGUUACAUCCACUCUCAAAUUCUUGUUUAUCAUGUAUCCUUAAGGAAGAAAUAGGCUGUGUGAGAGUAGCCUAAAGAAUGUCACCUUUGCAAGAUUUUUAUUUAUGUAAGUUGCAUAGCAGGAGUGUUCCAAGACUAAGUGUGAGGAAAUAAUUUGUAAGAUAAUGUUUGAAUGUAAGUAACCUUCAGAAUAUGCAUUAAAAGGGUAGCAUAAGCUUGACAAAAAUAAAUCGGUAAGAAAAUUCAAGAUUUUCUGUAUGGGUCUGCAGAGAUACUUUGUUGUCUUGCAUGGAUUUUUAUAUUGCUAAAAAUGAUUUACAUGCUAACUAGUGCUUUUGUGUUUACUGUUGUUGUAUUUGUGUUGCAUUUGGCCUUUCACAUUGGUAGCAAAGGAAACGAUUAUCAGUGAACAACAUUCAAGAUACUUAACUGUCAAGCAGUGCUAACAUAAUAUUUUCUGUCAUGUAUCACAGAUAGAUAUGACACAUUAUUUAUGGCUAAAUAUUAAAAGUAUGUCUUUUUAUUUUUUUUAAUUCAACAGAUUCAGAACAUUCCUAUUACAAUUUAAUCCUGAAAAAAGCAGGACAAUUUUUAUCCAAUUCGCAAAUCAAUCUACUGAAGUUUGCACUUUCGAUACGGGCAUAUUCUCCAACUGUUCAGAUGUUUCAGCAGCAAUGCCACCUUCAAGAUAAAGUGAGAAAUCCAUAUUUCUAAAAGAUUGCAGCUGAUGAACAUCCACCAGAAGGCUGUAGUGCAUUUGUGGUUAUCCAUGAGAAGCACACCUGUAAGACUAAUGAAAUAAAAAAGCUGCUGAAGAAGGCUACUAAGAGACCCAGGCCAUAUCUUUUUAAGGGAGAUCAUAAAUUCCCAACUCUCAAAGAGGGUGGCCCAGUGGUUAUUCUUUAUGCAGAAAUGGGCACGAAAGACUUCGUCAAAUUCCACCGGAUUUUGUCUGAGAAGGCGCAAAAGGAGGAAAUUGUUUAUGUUCUCCGGCAUUAUGUUCAGAAACCAAGUUCCAGAAAAAUGUAUUUAUCUGGAUAUGGUGUAGAACUUGCAAUAAAGAGCACAGAAUAUAAAGCGGUGGAUGACACACAGCUCAAAGAAGCAAAUGAAACAAAGGAAGAAGAAGAUGAGGCGGAGGAGGAAAGUGAUAUUCAAGGAUUUCUUUUUGGCAAAUUAAAACAGAUGCAUCCUGAUCUGAAAAAUAAUCUGAAAGAGUUUAAAAAACAUCUAAUUGAAACUACUGACAACAUGGAACCACUGAAGGUUUGGGAGCUACAGGAUCUUAGUUUUCAAGCAGCUGCUCGAAUUAUGUCUACCCCUGUUUAUGAUGCCUUAAAGAUCAUGAAAGACAUAGCUCAGAACUUCCCAAUAAGAGCCAGAUCACUGACCAGAGUGCCUGUAGACAAGAAAAUGCGAAAUGAAAUAGAAGAAAAUCAGAAGCAUUUUCAUGAAAUUCUUGGAAUCCAACCUGGAGAAGCACGUCUGUUUCUAAAUGGCCUUCAUAUUGACAUGGAUUUUCAUGAUCCUUUUAGUAUCCUAGAGACUCUUAAACUGGAAGGAAAAGUGAUGCAUGGACUUCAUGAACUUGGAAUAAAAGAGGAGACCUUGAGUAGAUUCAUGAGGUUGCAUAUACAUCCUACAGAUGACACUUAUGCACUAGAUAUUUGUCACUCUUCAAUAAUAUGGAUUAAUAACAUAGAACAGGACUACAGCUAUAGCACAUGGCCUGCAAGCUAUCAGGAACUGCUAAAACCUGCAUUUCCUGGAGUUAUACAGCAGAUCAGACGCAAUUUAUAUAAUUUGGUGCUUUUUAUUGAUCCUGUCCAAGAAGAUACAGGGGAUUAUAUGAAACUGGCAGAAUUAUUCUUUCAUCAUAAUGUGCCACUUAGAAUUGGAUUUGUUUUAAUUUUAAAUACAAAAGAAGAAAUUGAUGGAAAUGAAGAUGCUGGAAUAGCUCUUUGGAGAGCUUUUAAUUACAUUAUGGAGGAAUCUGACACCUCUCAAGCCUUUACCUCGAUAUUUAGCAUGUACCAUGAAGUGCAAGGUGGAAAUGUUCUAACAGUAAAUCACGUGAAAGAUGUUCUUAGGAGAGAAUACCCACAUGCUGAUGUUCAGAGCAUCCUAAAUAUUCAUUCUGAAUAUGAUGAAGGGAGAAAGGCAGGAGCAACUUUUUAUAAAAAGAGUGGCCUGGGUCCAUUGCCUCAAGCUCUGUUUAAUGGCGUGCCCUUUAACAGAGAAGAGAUGGAUGCUGCAGAGUUAGAGACCGUUAUUGUCCAGAGGAUUAUUGAUGCCACUGGAAUCUUUCAGAGGGCAGUGUCCAUGGGUUUGUUAAAUGAUCAUAUGAAUGCAAUGGAUUUUCUUAUGGAUCAGCACAAUGUAGUUUCCCGUAUAAACCCCAGUGUUCUUGGAGCAGAGAAAAGAUACAUACAUUUCAGAUCCACAUCUGUUCCGUUUGAUGUGGACGACUUCUCUACUUUCUCCUUUUUGGACUCACAAGAUAAAAGUGCUGUGAUUUCAGACAGCAUGAAGUAUUUAACAAAAACUGAUGAAGAUGCAUUAUAUGCUGUUACUAUCUGGAUUGCUGCUGAUUUUGAUAAGCCAGCUGGGAGACAACUGCUUUCUAAUGCCUUGAAAAGCCUGAAAACAAGCAGUCAUACACGAGUUGGGAUUUUGAACAACCCUUUGUCAAAAAUAAGGGAAGAUAACACAGUCGUUGCAAGAGGAAUUUUGACAGCUUUUCUAACCCAGAACAACAGCAACUUAAAAAGUUUCAUAAGUAAACUCAGUAGGGAAGAGACAGCAAAAUCCCUUGCUGCUGGAACUAAAAUUGCUAAAUUCCUUGUCCCAGGAAUGGAUGUCAAUACUUUUGAGAAGAAGUACAACACUUUAGGACUGGAUAUAAUUAAAACCCACCAGAUGUUCUGCCAGGAGGUUCUUAAGCUGCUUCCUGGGCAAAUGGCUGUUAUAAGCAAUGGCAGGGUACUGGGUCCUUUAGAUGAAAAUGAAUUCUAUGCAGAAGACUUUAAUUUGUUGGAAAAGAUAACAUAUAGUACCUCAGCAGAGAAGAUUAAAGCUAUUGUCAAAGAGAUGGGAAACAGUAGUAAAAGUGGCAGUGAUUUGGUUAUGAAAAUAGAUGCCCUACUGUCAUCUUUGCUGAAAACAGAGAUGAGACAGGAUGUUGAAUUACUCAAAGAACAGCAUAGUGUAGUAAAAGUCAAUCCCCAACAGAAUGAACCAUUCUAUGAUGUUGUUGCUAUUGUGGAUCCAUUGACAAGAGAAGCACAGAAGAUGGCUCAGUUACUGAUUGUACUUAAAGACAUCAUCAAUAUGAAACUUAGGUUGUUUUUGAACUGCAGAUCUAAGCUGUCAGAAGCACCUCUGAAGAGCUUCUAUCGUUUUGUUCUGGAACCAGAAUUAACUUAUGGGAUCAACAAGCACCUCCCUUCUGAACCUGUGGCAAAAUUCUUAGAAUUGCCAGAAUCACCCCUUUUGACUCUAAACAUGAUCACUCCUGAAAGCUGGUUGGUUGAAGCAGUAAACAGUUCCUGUGAUCUUGAUAACAUUCAUUUACAGGGUAUAAAAGGGACAGUUACAGCAGAAUAUGAACUAGAAUAUAUACUGCUUGAAGGACAUUGCUUUGAUGUGACAACUGGACAACCUCCUCGAGGGUUACAGUUCACUCUGGGCACAAAGAAUAAUCCUGUCAUGGUUGAUACUAUUGUGAUGGCCAACCUGGGGUAUUUUCAGCUGAAAGCAAAUCCAGGUGCUUGGACACUGAGGUUGCGUAAAGGAAGAUCUGAAGAGAUCUAUCGGGUUUUUUCCCAUGAAGGAACAGAUUCUGUAGCUGACCUGAUAGAUGUUAUCGUGGUAUUAAACAACUUCAGAAGCAAAAUUAUCAAAGUCCAAGUACAGAAAAGGCCUGAUAAAAUUAAUGAAGAUCUCCUUACUGAUGGAACGACAGGAAAAAAAAGAAAUCAAGAAUCAGUUCUAAGCUUUUCAGAAGAAACUCCAACAGAAGAGAAGGAAAAGCAAAGUGAUAUUCUUAACAUCUUUUCUGUUGCUUCAGGCCAUUUAUAUGAACGUUUUUUAAGAAUUAUGAUGCUUUCUGUCCUACGUCAUACAAAAACACCAGUUAAAUUUUGGUUUCUGAAAAACUAUCUCUCCCCAACAUUUAAGGAUGUAAUUCCUCACAUGGCUAAAAAGUAUGGUUUCAAGUAUGAGUUAGUACAGUAUAAGUGGCCCCGCUGGCUCUAUCAACAGACAGAAAAACAAAGAAUUAUCUGGGGCUACAAAAUUCUUUUUUUGGAUGUUCUUUUCCCUUUGGCUGUGGAUAAAAUAAUAUUUGUCGAUGCUGACCAGAUUGUGAGAAGUGACCUAAAAGAGCUCAGAGAUCUAAAUCUAAAUGGAGCUCCCUAUGGAUACACACCUUUCUGUGACAGCCGUAAGGAAAUGGAUGGAUACCGUUUCUGGAAGUCGGGAUACUGGGCAUCACAUCUUGGGAAAAGGAAAUACCAUAUUAGUGCCUUAUAUGUUGUGGAUCUUAAGAAGUUCAGAAAGAUUGCAGCUGGAGAUAGGCUUCGGGGCCAGUACCAAGCUCUUAGUCAAGAUCCAAACAGUCUGUCAAAUCUAGAUCAGGAUCUUCCCAAUAAUAUGAUUCAUCAAGUAGCUAUUAAGUCUCUCCCUCAGGAAUGGCUUUGGUGUGAAACCUGGUGUGAUGAUGAAUCCAAGAAGAAGGCUAAAACAAUAGACUUGUGCAACAACCCCCAAACCAAAGAACCAAAAUUAAAGGCUGCUGCCCGCAUAGUUCCCGAAUGGGUUGACUACGACUCUGAGAUACGAACAUUAAUAGAGCAAAUUGAGAAAGAGAAGAAAAAUCAUUUCUUUCAAAAAGGUCUUAAACACGAUGAACUUUAGUACAGCCUUUACCCAGCAAUGGGGACAGCUCAAAAAGUCUUCUGUGAAAGACCGAGUGGAAGUUACGAAUGUUGCAUUGGCAUUAUUAUUUGUUACAUUCUGUAACAUGAAAUCAAAUAUUUUAUAACGUACAGUGUUAUUUAAAAAUGUUUUCAACAAAAUACAAAGCCAGAAGAGAAAUCCGUGGGUACUUUGCUUAUGUUUUGUUUUUUUUUACCCAGCAUAGAGUAGGUUUCCUGAUGCUUUGGGUUUCCUUUCCUUCACUAAAUGAGUUUGCCCAGAGGGUUUUGAAUACAAAGACUGAUGUGUUCAGCUCUUCAAAGACAGAUUGUUUCAGUCUGGGACAAAAACACACACGUUAAAUAUGUACGUAAAAACUGGUUUGUGCAGAUUACAUGCAUUAAGCUAAUGUUUUUAAAGAGAAAGAAUUUUGGUGUGUGUCCCUGGAGAAAUGCUGUGAUCACAAGGAAAAAAAAUGGCAGUGUAGCAAAGAUCAGGCAUAAGAAGUAUCUUGUGUAAUUUAGAUUUGUGUGGCCUAAGUCAACAGGGAAGCUUACUAAAGCAAGGAAUGUAAUUUCCCAUUUAUUAUGCAGGAUUGCUGCGCUCUUACCAAUUAUUAAAAAAAUAAUAAUUUUUGAUUUUUAGGCUCUUUUUGGUCACAUCAACAGUAUGUCAUAACAGUCCAGUCCAUUUUUUGGUUAAGACGAUUUUCCAACCAGCAUGUACUGCAUCAGAAGGUCAGUACCUAAACGCUGUUUCCAUUAAAUUUUGAUGAUCAUUAUCCUGUUCAGACUUGAUAAUAAAAUCAGUGAGUAAUUUUGACUGUCA